GAGGCCCCUUGACCUCUGGCCCAAGAUGGCGGCGCCCAGGGCGUAGCUCUCGCUGAGGUGAACCACAGCCAGACGGCCGGCGGCAUGUCGAAACUAAGCCGGGUCUCUCGAAGCCUCAGGAAGCCCGAGGCCGGCGGCGUGAUCCGGACCAUCGUGCGGGCCGGCCAGGCCAUGUCCGGGCCCCCCCUGGGCCCUAUCUUGGGUCAGCGAGGCGUCUCCAUCAACCAGUUCUGCAAGGAGUUCAACGAGAAGACCAAGGACAUCAAAGAAGGCAUCCCCCUGCCCACGAAGAUCCUGGUGAAGCCCGACAGGACGUUUGAAAUCAAGAUCGGCCAGCCCACCGUGUCCUACUUCCUGAAGGCGGCCGCGGGCAUCGAGAAGGGAGCGCGGCGGCCAGGGCAGGAGGUGGCGGGCCUGGUGACCCUGAAGCACGUGUAUGAGAUCGCGCUGGUGAAAGCCAAGGACGACGCCUUCGCCCUGCUGGACGUCCCGCUGUCCUCCGUCGUCCGCUCCAUCAUCGGCUCUGCGCGGUCGCUGGGCAUCCGCGUGGUCAAAGACCUCAGUGCCGAGGAGCUGGCGGCCUUCCAGAAGGAGCGAGCCGCGUUCCUGGCCGCCCAGAAGGAGGCGGAUUUGGCAGCCCAGGCAGAGGCCGCCAAGAAGUGACCCGGCCUCGCACACCCCACAGUUCUGAAGCAAACGGCUGGGGCGGGGCCUGUGCCGAGGGGGAAGAAGGGAGACCGCGCCACCCUCCUUGUGACUCUCCUGACUGGAUUAUGUAUUUCUACGCUCAUGGCUGCGUCAGGCCUGAAUAAAUGUCUCUGUCACCA